AUGAAAAUUGAUCUGAACAUGGGCAAUAAGAAGCCGGAGGUACCAACUGAGGAGGUGCCACCAGUUGUUCCGGAGAAGGAAUGUCCCAAGAAUGAGGAGGCGGUGGUUAAGGAUUUUGCCGAAUUCUGCCGCGCUCGCAAUGAUGAGGAAGCGGAUACGGGGCUGAUCGACUGGCGUAUGAUCGCUAAAGUCAGCCAUGCACAGUUUUUGAUGGCCAUGAUCUGCUCGACCUGUCUAUUGGUUUCGCUCUCACACACCGGGUUCAGCUUUUUGCGCUUUACCUCGUCGGCUUGGGCUACGUACAUUCUGUGCACCGCUUACGUUGGGCUACGGGCGGCUCGUCUACGUCACUACGCCCACCUGGUUGCCUACACCGGAAUGGUCAGCUUCCAGACAGUUAUCUACAUGUCUUCCCUAUGCUGGCUCGUCUAUUCCCUCUAUGCCAUCGACUACCAGUACACCUAUGCCGGCUACAAUCACACCCAGAACCUGACCCUCCUCCUGGCCGUUCUUGAAGUCUCCACCCUAAUGGGGACCGUAUUCACGGGUGUAUUCGGAAUGAUGACCUGCUGCCGUGGGCUCGGCCGUAUGAUGGAGGAAAUGGACCGUGUGAUCAUGGGAAAUCGCCUAGCCCAAGCCCCGCAGAUCACGAUCCGCCCGAUUGUU